CAAUUAUCCCCGUCAAAACCCUAGAGUAGAUAAAGACCCUGCACUCCCCUUGCUCUGCUUCUUCCUCUGCAGCGCCUCCGUCCCGCCACCGCCUCCGACCCCGACCCCGACCCCGACCCCGUCUUCGCCUCUAGGUUGAUCAAAUGGCCCCGAAGAAGGAUAAGGCCCCACCUCCAUCCUCCAAGCCAGCCAAGUCCGGCGGUGGCAAGCAGAAGAAGAAGAAGUGGAGCAAGGGAAAGCAAAAGGAGAAGGUGAACAACAUGGUUCUCUUCGAUCAGGCAACCUAUGACAAGCUCCUGUCCGAGGCACCCAAGUACAAGCUUAUCACUCCCUCCAUCCUCUCGGAUCGCCUAAGGAUUAAUGGGUCGCUUGCGAGGAAGGCAAUCAGGGAGCUGAUGGCCCGAGGUCUGAUCAGGAUGGUUUCUGCCCAUGCAAGCCAGCAGAUCUACACCAGGGCCACUAAUACUUAGAUUAUUAUUCCUGGGGACUUUCCUCAGUGUGUUUUCGGUGCAUGUUUAUUCGGUUACUCGGUAGCAUAAUGUUCGACUCGACUUUCGGGUCCAUCAGAGAUAGGACUGGCAUCACUGGCCAUUCUUUGGAAAGUUCUGUAGUAUUUUGUUAUCUCCCAUGCUGAGAAUCAACUUUUUCGUUAGUGAUUAUAUGUUGACCAUCGUUUAUUUCAGACUUUGUCAUUAAAAUGUAUUAGGUUUAUUGGUGCAA